UGUUGAACGGCUCUGUCAUCAGCAGGUUGUCGGCGGAGAUUGAAUCAUCUGCUGCUCUUCAUCUCGUAGGCCUUUCUUCAUCUUUUUCAUCGCUCGUGUACAAAAUGGAUGGACACUGUAUCGCCGUCCUGGUGGUUGUCUGCCUGAUGCAAUUGAUCGACGCUCAAGUCUACUAUCCCCAGCCGGUGCCUGUUACAACAACAACCACAACAACAACGGCUGCUCCGGCGACAACAACGACGACAACAGUUGCUCCGUUGCCCAUCACCACGACGUUGGAUCCACUGGCGCCCGUCACGGACGUUCCUCUGCCCGGCAGCUUGGCCUUGAUGAACUCGAUGAUGGCCAACAUGAUGAACAUCAUGUCGAUGUAUCCGCCGCCGCCACCUCCUCCACCCAUGGCCUAUCCUCCUCCUCCUCCCGCCAAUCCGGCCGGAAUAAGUUACUACAACUCGCCACCUGUUGCUGCCCCGCUGCCGCCCAGCAACUACUACGCGCCACCUGCUCCUUACGGCGGAAUGCCUCCAGCACCUUACGCCCAGCAGCAGCAGGCCAGCAGUUACGUCACAACCGUCCGUCCCCCAACUCCUUACGGUGUGGUGCCCAUCAGCAGCGGAUCGGCCUAUUAUCCACCACCACCAACUCCUUACGGCUCGACUUCAUUCGGACCAUCCAGCGUCUACGGUAUGGGAUUCCGGCCCACCACGACUUACUACGGCAACGCUGCUGGAUACCAAGCAGCACCGCAACAGCAACCGUACAGCAACAACUACGCCGGCUCGUAUUACCCGCCCCAGCAGCCGAUGAACAUCGCCUAUCACGGAACGACCUGGUGAU